GGGGGUCAGCAGUAAGAUUUUUAUGGUGAGAAUCACCUGAGUUGGGCAAACACAGAUGCUGGUGAGCACCAGGCUAUAAAGGGCAGCUCCUCUCCUCUCCUGUCCCGGUGACCCGCGACGAGCUGCUACUCCUCACCAUCUCCAGACAACAGGGAGCAAGGAGGAUGGCGGCAGUGGCCAGACUCGCCCUCCUGCUGCUGGGCUGUGUGGGGCUCCUGCAGCCAGUCGAGGGCAGGUACAUAAACUACUGCCCCAACGGCUGGUCCUACUACAAGCUCAGCUGCUUCAAGUACUUUCCCGAGCCCCGGACCUGGGAGGAGGCUGAGAGUCGGUGCCAGGACGUCAAGAACGGCGCCCACCUGGCCUGGGUGGAGGACGCCCCCGAGGCAGUCACCCUGCGGAGAACCAUCUCCUACCACCAGCGUGUGCAGCCCGUCUGGAUUGGACUCCAAAAGAAUGAAGAGAGCCAGGCCUGGCAGUGGACCAAUGGGAAAGACUACAGUGUCACCAGUGAGAUGCCUGGGAAUGGUGCCCGAGGGGGGAGCUGCGCCGCACUGACCCACUACAGCGGUUUCUCCGUGUGGGCCAGCACGGACUGCUCGCGGAAGCAUCCCUACAUUUGCAAGUUCUACCCCUUCCACUGAGCGCCGCCCCAGCCCGUGGCAGACCCCGCGCCGCCGACCUUCCUGCCGUGCCACCUCCGACUCUCGCCCCGCAACUCCUAUAAAUACAUCUUAUAUACAAACAA